AUGGCGACUCAAGCUGCGACACUAAGCGGAGCUAGUGCUCUUGUCGGAGCCGCUGUAGGCAAGGGAGUGAAGAAGCAAGCGGGUGUUUCCAAGAAGCUGAACCAGGCGCGGUUGUCCGUGUCCGCGUCAGCGUCUUCGAAAGACAAUGAGCCAACUUCCUCCACCAACCUCUUCUCAAAGCUGGCCACUGGCCUGGCGGCAGUAGCGACGACAAUCUCCCUCACCGCUGGUCCGAUGGAUGCCGUCGCUCUCGCUGCCGGCACCCCCGCCAUCAACCCGGCCAUCCCGGACGUUGGCGUGCUUAUCAAGGGUCAGCCAAUCAAGGACGCGCGCGCGCUGCUCCGGUACGCGCUGCCUAUCAACAACCAGGCGAUUAAGGAGGUGCAGCAGCCGCUGGAAGCCAUCACUGAAGAUCUCAGGCUGCCUGGCGCGAAGGCAUUCGACCCAGUCGAGAGGAACAUCCGCCAGGCCAACCGCGUGCUGAACCAGAGCAAGGACAAGAUUCUGGCGGGCGUGGCGGAGAAGAACAAGGCCGAGGGGCGCGAGCUGAUUGAGAAGCUGCAGGACGGGCUGCAGGAGUUCCAGAAGAUCGUGGAGCGCCGCAACCGGGAGAGCAUCCAGCCCAAGCAGAAGGAGCUGCUGGCUAUCGUCGGCGACAUUGAAGAGGCGAUGGUGGGGGCAUUCCCGUACGAGAUCCCAGCGGAGUUCAAGGGGUCCCCCGUGCUCAAGGGGCGCGCGAAUGUGGAGAUGGUGGUGCGCCCGCUCAACAACCCCAACCUCCGCGAGGUGGUCUUUGAGAUCGUUGUGGAUGGUUACAACGCGCCGGUUACCAGCGGUAACUUUGUGGACCUGGUGAAGAGGGGCUUCUAUGACGGCAUGGAGAUCCAAAGAGCUGAUGGCUUUGUGGUGCAGACUGGAGACCCCGAGGGGCCUGCAGAGGGCUUUGUGGAUCCUGCCACGGGCAAGGAGCGCAGGAUUCCUCUGGAGGUGUUUGUCGAAGGGGACAAGGAGCCCGUGUAUCAUGACACCUUGGAGGACCUGGGCAGGUACCGUGCUCUCCCCAAGAUUCCAUUCAACGCCUUCGGCACCAUGGCCAUGGCCCGCGAGGAGUUUGACAAUGACAGUGCCUCCAGCCAGAUCUUCUGGCUGCUGAAGGAGAGUGAGCUGACCCCCAGCAGCGCCAACAUUCUCGAUGGCCGUUACGCUGUCUUUGGUUACAUUGUGGAGAAUGCCGACUUCCUUGCCGACCUUAAAGUGGGGGAUGUCAUCUCGAGUAUGAAGGGUAGCUUAUCCUCUGACGACACGAAAGCGGUCAAGUCUUCCGAGCCUCAUUGCCUGUCCAACGAGCAAAAAACCACCUCCGAAGGCUCUAAUGGUUCUAGUGGCUCGAACCGCUCGGAUGGUUUGAGUCGUUCGAACUUCUCGAAUGGCUCUCCGGUCGUCGUGCUCUCAUACCGUCAAGCUGCGCGUCUCGCCGCCAUGUCGACCAUGGUUCUCGCGCUGCUGCUCGCCGCUGCCUUCCAUCUCGGCCGAAUGUCCAUCGGAGAAAUCGCAGCCGUUGAUUCGUCACACCUGAACAAUAUCCCCUCAUCAAAUGCAGUAUCGUUCAGCGAUGUCUCAACAUCAAUCUCCCCCGAAACCCCUCGGCGUCGCGUGCUGAGGUCCCGAGGCCGUCCCAGACCGGCCAAACUCGCCAAAAAACCAGCUCCCGCCGAAAAUCCUGCUCCCGCCGAAAAUCCUGCUCCCGCCGAAAAUCCUGCUCCCACGGAAAAGCCUGCUCCCGCCAAAAAGCGCGCUCCCGCCAGAAAGCCUGCUCCUCGCAAGAAAAAGGCGCAAGCAGAGGCAAAAGUAGAGGUGAAUGAGGAGGCGAAAGAGGAGAGUAAGAGCGGCGGAGAGAUCAGGGAGGUGGUUGAGGUCCCGGCUGAUCAGGCCGCUGCUGCUGACGACGAUGCGGCAAAAGCGGCAGAAGCAGCGGCUGCUGCGGCUGCAGCAGCUGCGAAUGGCGCUGGUGGUGGUGAUGCAGGAGGGGGUGCUGGUGGUGCUGAGGCAGGUGGCUCUGCUGCUGCUGCUGCUGCUGCUGACUCUGCUGGAGAGCCUGCCACGCCUGCUGCUACAGUUGACGCGACUACUGGUGCGUCAGACGCCACAAGCUCCACGUCAGCUUCUGCGGAGUCCACGUCAGCGGCCCCUGCAACGACGGUUGACCCAAUGACGUACUACACGGCGGAGGGGUUGCAGCGGCUGCAGGACCCGUGUGGGGGAAUUGGUGGUGCCAGCGGGAAUCCAGGCAGCAGCGGCAACCAGAGGUGCUACAAUCGGUGCCACAGGCGAACGAGGUCUGGGUAUUGUGUGAAGGAGCUACUCUCACUCUAUGACGAGGCGUACAGCCCCUUAUGGCCCGCAAGGGUCGACCUGGUGGUGCGCAGCUACGUGUCGGACAACUUCUUCCUCACGGCGUUCCUCUUCGCCAGCAUCGAGCAGAUGUGGCCAGCUGGCAUUGGUGACGUCAUCCUGGUGCUGGAUGAAAGCGAUCGCCACGUGGAAGACAUCGUGCCGCCCUGGGUCAAGAUUUAUUAUGAGAAGAACUUUUUGGAUUUGCCCGGGAAAAUACUUCAGCAGUGGAGCUACCUGUGGGCCGACAACUACACCACUGCACCAUACAUUGCCAUCAUAGAUGAUGACGUCAUCUUUAACCUCAAGGUGACCCCAGGACUGCUGUUCAACCUGACCAAUGGCAGGCCAUACGUGAUCGGCAGCAAGAACACGCAGUCAGACAACUGGAAGCCGUCCUCCUACUACUUUGUCGGCCGCUACCACGCCAACUACAUGGUGCAGCUGCCCUUUGUCUUCCCACGCGCCGUGCUGCCGGGGUUCAGAAGGAGGGCAGCAAAGCGGCACAAGAAGGACUUUGAUGCUGCAGUCAAGUACUUUGCAGAUCACGGGCCGUCUUUUGCCAAGACUCAGAUAGCACACACAACACUUGGCAAUUAUAUGUGGUUUUUUGCCAAUGAAACUGUCCACUGGGUGCUUGAGUGGACGCCAGUUACACCGAUACCACGAGUGGGUGUGCAUAUUCCUUACACAAUGAAGUUUCGAAACAUUACUGGCCAUUCAGGCCCAGAACACCGGCUGGCCAAGGCAUAUGUUGAUGUUGUGGGGUUCUAUGCGCAUGAAGGCAUGUGCCAUGCUUUUCCCGAAGGGAAAUUGAGAAAUUGUGAGGAUGUUGCGGGCCCGCAGGACCAAAUAUGGAGCUCAAUCAGCGGUAAAUCUCUAUUAGACCGGCCGUUCAACUCUCUCCUAACGGAUCGUGACUAUGCCGACGCGGAUGUUAAAGCGGGGAUGUACGGCUCCACGGACGGUUUUUCUGACGUCGAAGGGUCAUCGGAGAAAAGCUCUGGAGGGAUGCGGGUGGGGAUCGAAGCGCAAAUCGAUCCGUGCGGAGGGAUCGGGUUGAGUCCGGGGAACGACAACUGCUUCGGAUCGUGUAAACGGCGGACCAAGCCGGGUCACUGCGUGAAGGAGCUGUUCAAGCUUUACGACGACGCCUACAAGCCUCUGUGGCCGGCGCGAGUGGACCUGCUGAUCCGCAGCUACGUGUCGGACACGUUCUUCCUGCUGGAGAUGCUCUUUGACAGCAUCGAGCAGAUGUGGCCACGUGGCAUCGGUGACGUCAUCCUGGUGCUGGACGAGGACAAUCAGAUUGUGGAGGACAUCGUGCCCACGUGGAUCAAGGUAUAUUACGAGAAGAACUACCUGAAGCUUCCUGGAAAGAUCCUCCAGCAGUGGAGCUACCUGUGGGCGGACAACUACACCACUGCACCGUACAUCGCCAUCAUAGAUGAUGACGUCAUCUUCAACCUAAAGGUGACCCCAGGCCUGCUUUUCAAUCUGACGGAUGGCAAGCCGUACGUGAUAGGCAGCCGGCAGAAGCAGAUGAACCACUGGGUGCCGUCAACGCAUUACUUCGUGGGCAAGCCCUACUACUUCGCCAACUUCAUGGUGCAGCUGCCCUUUGUCUUCCCGCGCGACGUGCUGCCCAAGUUCCGAGACCACGUCACGCGCCUCCGCGACGACAAGUUCCCGAGUUUUGAUGCGGCCUUCCUCAACUUUGCGCGGCACGGGCCCAAGUUUGAAAGGACGCAAAUCGCCCACACGACUCUGGGCAAUUUCAUGUGGGCCUUCACACAAGACGAGGUCCAUUGGGCUUUAGAGUGGACCAACCACGUGCCCAUCCCACGGGUGGGCGUGCACAUGUCCUACUCCCAGCCCUUCCGCACAGCCACCAACAACAGCGACAAUGCACCCCGCGUCGUCAAGAUCUACGUGGCUCUAGCAGGGUACUACGCGCACGAGGCUCUAUGCCACGCGUUUCCCAAGGGCGCACUCGAUCGGUGCGGAGAUGUGCUGAAAUACGAGCAGCGGCAGAUCUGGCAGUAUGUAAUGGACUGGUAUGAUUGGCCCGCGAUCAAGCACAAGAGGCGGAACGCCACGUUUGUGUAUGAUUUGUAUAAGCAGGAGUUGGCGUGUAUGUAUGGUAAGGUGGUGGAUGCGCGCACUAACGAGUGGACGGAUCGUAUUAUAGCGAGGCGGAGGGAGUUGGUGAAUGAGAUGACGAGAGACUGCGCCACUCCGCACUCUAAUUGA